GCUGGCACGUGACUUUCUCCGUAGGCGCUGGGGUCGAGGAAGUCGUGAGGCCGGAGCUUAGGUCCGGGAGAGAUGGAGCGCUGAACCGUUAACGUUUACCGGGCUGUCUGCCUCCGUACCUGUUACUGCUGCCACCUCCUCGUUUGACACCUUCCUGGUCUCUGUUAAUUUUGGAAGAAAUACCUGGUAACAAACAUGACUGAGUUCUGGCUUAUAUCAGCUCCUGGGGAGAAGACAUGUCAGCAAACAUGGGAGAAACUGCACGCGGCAACUACAAAGAACAAUAAUCUUUCUGUUUCUUCAAAGUUCAACAUUCCUGACUUAAAGGUAAAACUCUUACUUUCCAAAAUAGUGUAUGAAUUUGUCAUCAAGAGAAGGACCAGUUUUCUUUCCUUAGCAUUUGGUAAAAAUGAGGUACCAAGAAGUAAGCUCUCAAAAGGAAUUGACUUGGUCACAUAUAUAACAAGAUUCCAGUGGGACAUGGCCAAAUACCCAAUCAAGCAGUCCCUGAAAAAUAUAUCUGAAAUAAUUGCCAAGGGAGUAACUCAGAUUGAUAAUGACCUGAAAUCUCGAGCAUCUGCAUACAAUAACCUGAAAGGGAACCUUCAGAAUUUGGAGCGAAAGAAUGCGGGAAGUUUGCUAACUCGAAGUCUAGCAGAAAUUGUGAAGAAGGAUGACUUUGUUCUUGAUUCAGAGUAUCUCAUCACAUUAUUGGUGGUAGUUCCAAAGUUAAACCACAAUGAUUGGAUUAAGCAGUAUGAAACACUAGCUGAGAUGGUAGUUCCAAGGUCUAGCAACGUUCUCUCAGAGGACCAAGACAGCUACCUUUGUAAUGUUACCUUGUUUCGGAAGGCAGUUGAUGACUUCAGACACAAAGCCAGGGAAAACAAAUUCAUCGUUCGUGACUUCCAGUAUAAUGAAGAGGAGAUGAAAGCAGAUAAAGAAGAAAUGAACAGGCUUUCUACUGACAAGAAGAAGCAAUUUGGACCACUUGUGCGGUGGCUGAAAGUGAAUUUCAGUGAGGCGUUUAUUGCUUGGAUUCAUGUGAAAGCAUUAAGGGUUUUUGUUGAGUCUGUUUUAAGGUAUGGCUUGCCAGUGAACUUUCAAGCAAUGCUACUUCAACCCAAUAAGAAAACAAUCAAGAAACUGAGAGAAGUAUUAUAUGAAUUGUAUAAACAUCUAGACAGCAGUGCAGCAGCUAUUAUUGAUGCUCCUAUGGAUAUUCCAGGCUUAAACCUCAGUCAACAGGAAUACUACCCCUAUGUGUACUACAAGAUUGAUUGCAACUUGCUGGAAUUCAAGUAAAAAUGAGCUCCUCGCCAGACAGUCUUGUCCUUGUGUUGGUAUAUGCUAACAGAAAUAGAUUGCCGUAUGAUAGUACUUUUAACUCUUUUACCCUUUGCUUGCUUCUGAGCCCCUUACCUGGGUGACUUCUCCCAUAGUGGUCCAUUUCUCAACAUUUUCUUAAGGGAAAAUAUGUGUAUUGUUUCUUUUUGUUGAUCAGGUCUGUAAAUGUGUACUAAAAAAAAUCAGAGUUUAUUUAUGAACAGAAUAGUUUAUUUAAAGAGAAGGUCUUUCCUCAUUGAUAUUGUGGUAUGCAUCAAUUCCAUUUGUUACUAUUGUGCACAAAGACCUUGUUUACAAAGGAAUGGUGUAAACACUUAUACCAUUUUGUUCACUGUAUUUAGUAGACAUAACUGUUUAAUAGUUCUUGAAUCGUGAUGUAAAGAAGUGUGACAAUGUUCAGGUAUGUGCUUUCUGAAUGUUUCAAAUUAUAAUCUGUGAGCACUGUCAACACCCACAGGAGAGAAUAAAAUGACCUGUGCAAAGGUGUAUUGUGGUGUGUGUAACUUCAGAAGAGUC